AUGAAGUCUAACUACGACAUUGUGAGACUCAUACAAGUUUAUGACACAAAGACAAAGAAGUUCAAGUUUAAUGAUGGUGACAGUGAGAUGAAAAGCAAAGAUGUGGCUGAAAUUUUUGGCUUGCCAAACAGUGGCAAGAAGUUACCAAGCACAACAACCUCAACAAGGCCAAAAUUGCAGUUUGUAGAGAAAUACUUCGUGCGGUAUAAGAAGAUAACAAAGACUUCAAUUGAUAAGUGCUUGAAUUUAGCACUUGAAGAUGAAACAGAAGAGGGUGCUAUGGAUGUAACAAGAUUGAUAAUCCUACAACUCUUCAUGACCAAUCUCUUCUGCAACUCUGGUUGUACACUUGCUUGGACAUAUACAACCACAAUAGACACCUUAGAAGAGAUGGGGAAAUAUAAUUGGGCUCGAGGAGUUUUGGACUACAUGUAUUUUGGAUUAGAACAAGCAAAGAAGAACAAGAAGGACAAAAAAAAGCAGCCAAGCGUGAGUGGCUGCCUAAUCCUAAUACUGUAUUGGCUGUGUCAAAGAUCUAACCUGCUCACUCCAAUUCUUGGAAGAGAACAAAUGACACCAGUUGCUGUCAAAUGGAGUCUUCAAGAACUCAGCGCGAAGCUUCAUCAUCUAAAGAACAACCAGAUUAAGAUAAAAAGCACUAAAGCUCAAGAGCCGGAUGAUGAUUCUGAAGAAGAGAAUGAAGAGAAUGAUGAUGAUUAUGAAGAAGAGAAUGAAGAGGAGGCUGAUGCUGCUGAAGAAGUGAAUGAAGAACAUGAUGAUGAUGCUGCUGAAGAAGUGAGUGAAGACAAGGAUGAUGCUGCUGAAGAGGUGAAUGAAGAGCAUGGUGAUGCUGCUGAAGAAGAAAAUGAAGAGGAGGAGGAUGCUGAAGUGAAUGGAGACCAUGAUGAUGCUGCUGAACAUCAAGUCCAGCAACACCACCAGGUACAAGAAGACCUCUAA